GCGGAAGACGGCCAACGCCCGCGAGCGAUCGCGCAUGCGUGAGAUUAACGUGGCGUUCGAGACGCUGCGUCGCGCCGUCCCCCACACCGCGGCGCCGGCCUGCGCCAGCGAGAAGCUCACCAAAAUAACCACGCUGCGGCUCGCCAUGAAGUACAUCGCGGCGCUGUCGCAGGCCGUGCGCGAGAGCCAGAUGUCGCCGCAGGACGACGACGGCGUGGACGCGGCGGACGGCGCUUCGUGCUCCCCGCUGGCCCUGGCCGACGACACGUCCGCCUACGCGCCGCCGCUGUUCGGCGCCCCGGACUCGCCGUUCGGCAUGGGGCUGCCCGGGCUGCCCACGUUCGACCAGUUCCGCGGCUGCGGCAGCGCGUCCAGCUCGUCCAGCCUCAGCAUCGACGCCGGCCAGGGCAUCGACGCCGACUUCGCGGACCACAACUCGCUGCUGUCCGCCGACUUCGCCGACUUCCCGGAGCCGUCGCUCGGCAUGGGCGGCAUCGCGGACCUCGUGGACCCCUGCCUCACCGCCGUGGCCCUCACCUCGGACGACUUCUACGACACGGCCUUCAUGACGGACUUCAGCUAGCGAAGCUAGCGCGAUGCCGCGGCCGUAUGUAGCUCCCCUGUUCCCCAGCCGAGUGGUCUUCAUUUCGUCUUAAAACGCAUCCUACACCUGUCGAAAAACAACCUCUAAAAUAGCCAGAUGAGUAUCACUCGCGCUUUCCCUUUCGGCGGCCCGCGCGCCGCUCCCCAGGGCGCUGUUUGUAGAGGACCAAUCCCGACUGAGAACGAACAGUCCCUGGGGAGCGGCGCGGCGGGCCGGAGACCAGCACCCUCUCCCGUCAACCCUCCGCGAGCGCCGUGGUUUCGGAAAGCCUCCUCCAAUGAUGCUCUUUCGGGACGUGAUAUUAUCGGCGCGCUUGGCAGGUGGGCAGGGCCGCGCGCUCCGCUCGGCGCCGUGCUCCGCGCUCCGCGCCGCUCCGAGGUGAAGGAUCCCAGUGGGCGAAGAGGCCGGAGCGCGGGGCCUGGCGGCCUCACUGUACAGGAAAGACUAGGAAAGGUUUGCGUGGGCACGUCUAAGCCCCGCGCCCGGCGCUGCAGCGCUCUGCGCGCUGUGCGGCUGCAACACUAACGGGUGUGGCCCCAGCGAGCGGAGCGCGCGGAGCGGCCUUUUAAGUGAGCGCGUGGCGUGAAAACGUUCUCAAAGUCCCAAUCUGCACCGCAAAAAAAAACUGCCAAAGCACAUAAAACGUCAGCAAAUUUUGCAACUUUUUGUUCAUUUUUAAAUUUUUUGGAAAAGGAGUGUCUUAAAGCCGUACAAACCUCUGAUCUGCCUCUUCCCUCCCCUUCUUAAAAAAGCCCCUCGCGGAGGUAUCGCAAAAACAAAAUAUGAUGAAAUUGCAGUAUUGUGUAAUCUUGUGGACCAGGAUGAUUUUUAUUUCGUUGUAAGUUAAAAUAUGUACCUGUAAUCUUUCUUAAUUGUGAUCCGUUGAAAAGAAAUGUAUAUUCUGGCGUAGACGCCGCUGUCGGUUAGUUAGGGUGUAUAAAACAGUGUUUAGCUAUAAUUAGCGUGUAGUAGUGCCUCUCGGACCCUGUUGUACAAUAUCGCAUAGCAAACGUACUCAGUGGCGAAUCAAUAGAGCAUGGAAAUAAAAGAGUUGGAUGGACGUCGGAAAAAGGGUCGCAGUGUACCGGCGUUGUCACCGUGGAUCCGAAUGUGUCGUCACGCCCUGCAGGCCCGCAGGGCGCCGCUAGCGUGCCACUACUUUAUGUGGCGGAACGCCUCCAUCUAGCGCGGUCUGGCGAGCGGCGUGUUCCGGAGGGGCGUUCCGGAGGGGCGUUCCGAAGGGGCGUUCCGAAGGGGCGUCCCGGACGGGCGUUCCGGAGGGGCGUUCCGGAGGGGCGUUCCGAAGGGGCGUUCCGGACGGGCGUUCCGAAGGGGCGUUCCGGAGGGGCGUUCCGGAGGGGCGUUCCGAAGGGGCGUUCCGAAGGGGCGUUCCGGACGGGCGUUCCGGAGGGGCGUUCCGGAGGGGCGUUCCGAAGGGGCGUUCCGGAGACGGAUUUCGGCUUCCGUCCGCGCCGCGUGGAGAUGCGCCUUGGCCGCACCCACACACUCACAACACUCGAGCCCUCUCUCUCCCACACGCGCACCGCUGCCCGACGCCCACACCCUCAAACAUCGCAUAACGCAACCCGAGGAAUUUUUCUGAGUGCCAUAAAUGUGGGGGAAAUUAAUUUUGUAAGUACUCUCGUUUUGCCAUGCCAAACCAGCCCGUGAAAAUGCCAUAAUGCCAUAUAAAGAGUAGUUGAAUAUUACGUCAUAAGCUGCACAGCGUGCUCUGUGUCCUGAUAUUCCUUCUGAAGUCCUUUGGUUAGUGAGUGUCAGGCGGAAUGUGCAAUUCUCUUUUCUUUUGUAAAUAUAGACACUUGUGAAAUCUCUUUUAAAUGUUAUGUAACUCUACUGUCAAUGUGUUUUUACAUAUGUAUAUUCGGGUACUGUUUAAGUUCAUUAAUUUUUUGAGAUCAACAUAUCAUUAAAUUAUUCCUUUGAAUAAACUAGUAAGUGCCUUCCUUAUUGUUGUGCUUUGUUAAAUAUUUUUCAGAGUAUAUUUGAUUAUUGUAAGUACUGAUUUUAUAGAUCGCGCGGAGCGCCCAGUGUAUUCUUUACUUAGUGUUUAUAUCUGUAUCUUGCCAGAGAACUGCUGUCGUCGUGUUACCGUUUUUAUUUUUAAAAGGCGUGAAUUAUAAAAAAACAAAAAGAAAUUUACAAAUUGUU